UAACUUAUCCCAUAAAAUCCCACUCCAUUCUCCACUGCACACAACAAUCAUCAUUCAUCAACACUUCACUUCACCAUGGCAUUCUCUACUCCUCUCCUAACCCUAACACCUCUCAUUCUCCUCCUUCUCUCUCCUCUAAUCCAAGCUCAAUCUGCCCCCGCCCCCGCCCCCGCCCCCGCUGGCCCCAUCAACAUCACUGGUAUUCUCGACAAAGGUGGCCAAUUCACCACUUUCAUUAAACUCUUAACCUCAACCCAAGCUGCAAAUCAAAUUGAAAAUCAAAUAAACAACUCCAACCAAGGCAUGACCGUCUUCGCCCCUACCGAUAACGCCUUCAACAACCUCAAAGCCGGUAGCCUCAACCAACUCAAUGACCAGGAACAAGUACAGCUUGUUCAAUAUCAUAUACUACCGGUAUUUUACAAGUUGAACGAUCUUUUAUUGGUGAGCAACCCGGUUAGGACUCAGGCCUCUAGCUCAGACGGUGGAUCCUGGGGGCUAAACUUCACCGGGCGGGCGAACCAAGUGAAUGUGUCAACUGGGCUUGUUGAGACACAGAUUAACAAUGCUUUAAGGCAAGAGUCUCCAUUGGCCGUUUACCAAGUGGACCAGGUUUUGUUGCCUAAUGCACUGUUUGGAGUUAAGCCUCCAUCUGCAGCUCCAGUUCCGUCUUCAAAAACACCUUCAAGCAGCUCAAACACGACGAGGGCAGCAGCCGAUGGACCUACAUCUGAAGAUGAUAGUGGUUGUAGCGGGAGAAUUAAUAUGGGAUUAGGGUUGGUUGCUGGUCUGGCAUUAUUUUGCGUGGGUGUUGUAUCCUGAGCAUAAGCGAGAGCCUGAAGAUAAGGCUUUGAAAUUGUUGCCGCAGUUUUAAUAUUUUCAUUCGUUAUUUUUUUUAAAAAAA